ACGCUAGACGCGAACGUUCUGCCAUUUCGAGGCAAAGGGCCCGAGCUGAGGGGGCCGCAGGCUCGGGCGGGCUCACUCUCUCUCCGCAGCCGACGACUGCUGGGCCGUGGGCCGUCGGGCCGGGCCCCCGCGUGCUGCUGGGAGCCGAGGGGGAGGGAGGAGCUGGGCCCUGCUUGUGUGGGCUUCGGUAGCCAGGAACUUGCAACUCUCCGGGUCGGCGGCCCUCGGUCAGAAAAGUGCUGCAGUGCGACCCCUAGAGACCCGGCUGUUUUUCUAGGGGCUCCGUUAUUUGUGACCACAAUGACAAAUUUAGACAGUGAUGAUAUGCUAACUGACAAGCUUCGUAAGCCCAAGAGCUCGAAAGAAUGGUUGGAACCACAGCCACUUCAUCUUAUGGAGGUAUUAGCUAAAGAAGAUAUUGAUGCAGCUAUUCAAUCAAUAUUAUAUAGAGAAAAUCAUGUAAUUAAGGAACUAGAUAAGUAUUUACAACAUCAUGACUUCUUAAAUGCAAGAAGAAAAGAGAGGUUAUAUAAAAGAUGGACUGACCACGUGGCAGAUUCUCUCCAGAAGAAAAUUAUAGAAAAAGUUUGUUCACAUAAGAAUAUUAAAAAAAGGAGACAAGAAGAAUUAGAUGGUUUUUUAAAACAUGUAAAUAAAAAGGGAAAUGCAUUUAUAGAGCAUUAUGAUCCGAAAGAGUAUGAUCCUUUUUAUAUGAACAAAGAGGACCCGAAUUUUCUGAAGGUUACCAUUCCACCAUUUCGUGAUCCUUUGAAAAAGGCACAAUAUGACAAAGAUGAUGAUAAAAGAACUCUUCUUCAGUGUGAGACUGGAAAAGUAUGUACAAUGAAAGAAUUUAAAGAGGUUGAGAAGGCCAAACUGCAUUCCAGGUUUCCAAGAAUUUCUAAUUCAAGGCACUUUAUGACUCCAAAUAAAUGGCUUAUGCUGCCUACAACCUACAUAGAAAGUGAAUUUUGUAAAAGGAGCAGGUUAAAAGUGAAAGUGAAUUUUAACAAUGGUAAUUUUGAUUUGAAACCCGUGGCAAGAGCUCCUCAUCCCCUGGAAUCUCAAGAAGCAGGAAAAGCACUCAUUUACAAAAACAAAGGAUCAUCCUUUCUGGAAAAAGAGCCUCUAUGUUUUCAUGAGGAAAAGAAACCAAGUCCCAAAGAGGUCAACUCUGAAGGGCACUUUUCUUCCAUGGCCCUCAGCCAAGAAAUAGAAAGGGAUGAGGACCAGGAUGUGGUGAGUGCUGGGAUGGUCCUGUUUUGCCAUUCACGAGGUAGCAAUUGCUGAUACCAAAGUCUGAGUAGCUGGGAGCUUCUCUGUAUGACAGGCCUUCGGGAGGAGAGGAGGCAGGAGACUGUACCCCUUUACUCCCAAACAAGGCAAGGGAGAGAGUAGAAGAAACUGAGAAGCAUUCAGAGGGAAUGGAGAGAAUUUCCCUGAGAGUUUCACAAUGGAUAUGCCCUCUGGUGGGUGGGCUAUCAGAUUUUCCUACUUUCUUGUGAAUUUUUGCCCUUCUUUUGUCUCCCCACCGUCUCUAGUAUCUCUGCUAUUUACCACUUAUCACACCCAAGCCAGGCCCUACAUUUUGUUUCCCUUAACUCAACCAAAACAGGCAGAAAAUUAUCAAAAGAACCAUGUACUAAAUUCAAUGUGGUAAAAUUUAAGGAGUGAAGUAAAAGCCCCCAAAAGCAAAAUGUAUACAAAUGUAGGUGUUCACAGAACACCGAUUUCUCAUCCUAAGGUGACUACAAUUAAACUUGGUGACCAUGUGACUGGUCUAGUGUAGUCUACUGCUUCCAGGUCUAGGUCUGCUUGCCACUUUUCUCCU